UUUACCUCUUGUCCGGAUGUUGCGUCACGCGGUGAGUGGCGCAGCUGCGGAGGAGCGGGCAGAGGGAGGUCGCGCGCUCUCGGUUUGGCUGGCCCGGAGGGGAGCCCCGUGGUAGAGGUGACCGGAGCUGAGCAUUUCAGAUCUGCUUAGUGAACCGGUGUAUCACCCACCAUGCUGGUUGCAAGGCUCGUGUGUCUCCGGACACUACCUUCCAGGGUUUUCCAGCCCACUUUCACCAAGGCCUCCCCACUUGUGAAGAAUUCCAUCACGAAGAAUCAAUGGCUCUUAACACCCAGCAGGGAAUAUGCUGCCAAGACAAGAGUAAGGAUCCACCGUGGGAAAACUGACCAAGGACUGAAAGAGGCAGCUUUGGAACCAUCAAUGGAAAAAAUUUUUAAAAUUGAUCAGAUGGGAAGGUGGUUUGUUGCGGGAGGAGCAGCUGUUGGUCUUGGAGCGCUGUGCUACUAUGGCUUGGGAAUGUCUAAUGAGAUUGGAGCUAUCGAAAAGGCUGUAAUUUGGCCUCAGUAUGUGAAGGAUAGAAUUCAUUCUACUUACAUGUACUUAUCGGGGAGUAUUGGUUUAACAGCUUUGUCUGCCUUGGCAGUAGCCAGAACACCUGCUCUUAUGAACUUCAUGAUGAGAGGCUCUUGGGUGACAAUUGGUGCAACCAUUGCAGCCAUGAUUGGAGCUGGAAUGCUGGUACAAUCAAUACCGUAUGAUCAGAGCCCAGGCCCAAAGCAUCUGGCUUGGAUGCUUCAUUCUGGUGUGAUGGGUGCAGUGGUGGCUCCUCUGACAUUCUUAGGGGGGCCUCUUCUCCUGAGGGCUGCAUGGUACACUGCUGGUAUCGUGGGAGGCCUCUCUGCUGUGGCCAUGUGUGCACCCAGUGAGAAGUUUCUGAACAUGGGAGCACCCUUGGGAGUGGGCCUGGGCCUUGUCUUUGUGUCUUCACUGGGGUCUAUGUUUCUUCCCCCUACCACAGUGGCUGGUGCCACUCUGUACUCAGUGGCAAUAUAUGGUGGAUUAGUUCUUUUCAGUAUGUUCCUUCUGUAUGAUACUCAGAAAGUAAUCAAACGUGCAGAAAUAACACCAAUGUAUGGAGUUCAAAAAUAUGAUCCCAUCAAUUCGAUGUUGACAAUCUACAUGGAUACAUUAAAUAUAUUUAUGCGAGUUGCAACUAUGCUAGCAACUGGAGGCAACAGAAAGAAAUGAAGUGACCGCUUGUGGUGUCUCUGCUCACUGAUGCUUACUUGUUUAUUAGGAGCAGAUAGUCAUUACAGUUUGCACUAGCAAAACACCUUUGAGGUUUAGAAGAUAACCUGUCACCAUGUUGAAAAUGUUCAGUAAUGUGACCCUUCAGGCUUGCUUUUUCUUUUAGAGAAUAAAUUCAAUAGAUGUCUUCCAAAUAAGCACAUAUAUUUCCACCUGUCAUAUUUGAGUAAUUUAAAAAUGCUUUGAUAAGUGUGGGAACUAAGAUUUGUGUUACAAGAUUUCAAGUAUUUUUUUUUUAAUUUAUUGGAUAGGUAAAAUUUAGCAAAUUUGCAUGUCUUCAUAUUUUGGGGAGCUUGCAGAAUAUUUAAGAUCAUGAAUAAUGUAGAGGUUUUCGUAUAGAGAUCAGAGAGAGGUAAAAAGUCACCUGCAGUCAUAUUUUGAAUGCUUAGAAGAGCACUGAUUAUGGUGAGCCAAUAAGAGACGUCUGAGAUGUGGAAACAAUUGACCACUGUUCAUGGUCUGUGACUGAAGACACAGAUGUUUCUUUCCGGUGUUGACUACUCACUGUCAGGAUAGUCCAGAGUGUUCAUCCUUCAGAGACUCCUGGUGGAAUUAUGUAUAUGUGAGUUUUACUGUGAAGUCGUCUUAAACAAAUGUCCUUAAAACUAUACUCACUAUAACAUACUCCAAAGCACGAAAUUUGUUUUGAAAUAUAUGAUCUAUUUGUAGUUGCAGAAAUUUGUUGAGUGUUUUCUCAGUGUCUAAUUGAAAGCAUGCUUGCUUCUCUCAUCACAGCUUUGACAGCUGUCAGAAAAGCCUCUGUGGCUUAUGCUAAGAUUAGGAACCUUUUUUCUUCUAAAACUGUUGGCUUCCUAUGUUCCUUCUCAGGUUAAGCAUGAGCAAACAAAUCUGACUUAGUUGACCUUGGGAACUAUUUGACUGAAAAAUACAAUGGGGAGGUGCUUCUUUAGCCUCCCUUAGUACUUUCUCUCCGUGUACACCAGUGACAUUUGUAAGGUUUUAAUACAGGUCAGUUAUGUGGGGGUGAGGGGGGCUUCAGUGUAGUCUGUAUAAAUAUAUACACAAUUGCUAUUUUUGAGAAAUAUUUAUUACAGUAAUCAAGAAAUGACUAGUUUAAUCAUUUUAAAGUACACAGAAUGCUUAUUUCUAAAAUAAAAAGUUAUAGCUA